GGUCCAGGAGAGAGAGACCAAUCCAGUUAAGAUAAAAGAUCCAAUUUUUCUUUCUUCUCCUCUCCCACUGUUCUUCUCCAUCGUCUCCCUUCGGGAUAACGCGAGCUCCGAAAAAGACUCGAACUUUAUCGCGAUCUCGCCGCCAUCUCGUGCCAGCCUGCACCAGAUGCAUCACCCGCCGAACCCGGAUUCUCUCUCGCUGCUUCAAUCCGCGCGAACCCCAAAUGCACCUCCGGAGCAUCCCGUUCCCUCCACUUCCAGGAGGGAUGAAGUUGCUGUGUUGAAAAGUCAGAAGGCAGGCCGUGAGAAAUUGAGGAGGGAUCGACUGAACGAGCACUUUAUCGAGUUGGGAAAUACGCUAGAUCCUGAUAGGCCAAAAAAUGACAAAGCGACAAUUUUAUCAGAUACUGUACAACUGCUGAAGGAUUUAACUGCUCAGGUGAACCAACUCAAAGCUGAAUAUAGUACGUUCUGUGAAGAAUCUCGUGAGUUGACACAGGAGAAAAAUGAUCUCAAAGAAGAAAAGGCCUCUCUAAAAUCUGACAUCGAGAGCCUUAAUGCUCAGUAUCAGCAGAGAGCUAGAGCCAUGUUUCCAUGGCCCAUUAUGGAUCACUCAGUGGUUAUGGCCCCACCUUCAUACCCAUAUCCAGUGCCCGUAGCUGUGCCUUCUGGUCCCAUUCCUGUUCAUCCACCUAUGCAGCCUUACCCUUUCUAUGCAACUCCAAAUUCCAGUGUCUUCCCUAACUCCCAUUCGACUUUGCUUCCAUUUGCAACACCUAACAUGCAGUUUGAGCAGUUGUCGGGCCAUUAUGCACAUCCGCUUAUGCAGAUGGGAAAUCAGUCCCUUGUCUCGAGCAAUAAAAACGACAAAGGCAAGGAGAGGAAGCAUGAAAAGUCUGGUAGUUCAAACGAUGUCACAACAGACUUGGAGCUGAAGACACCUGGGUCUGCGACAGAAAAUGAUUCAUCGUCACCACAUAGAUCAUCUAUGAAAUCUAUGAGAAAGGAUGAUGACACUGCAGAAAGGAGUUCUUCUACUCAUAGUUCAUCGCCACAUAGUGUACAAGAUAGCUCUUCCAGUAGCAUAGCUGGUGGUUCGAACUCAAGGGCAAACGAUUAAGUAUUCAGCCGCAGAGAAACCCUUCAAAAGAAAGCAAGCUUGGACAAAUUGAUGAUGGGAAUUGGGUUAUAGUCUUCAUGCAGUCGUCUCAGCAGAGUUCCUGGAAUUUUGCCCAUUUGUUGCUGUGGCGGUGUCAUUUAACGCCUUCUAAUCCAAACAGCGUUAGACACAAACAAGACUCACUACUAUUGCUGUUUAGAGGCAUGUGCGCAGAUGCGAUGGCAUUCGAGCAUCAUGUUUUGCAGAAGCUUCUGACCUGCACAUUGAGGACGCUGCUACUGAAACGCCAAGUCUUAGUUUGAGCGACAGCCAUGAAGUUCUCGCUUUGCCGAUUUGAGAAAGGGAACAAAAAGCUUGCAACUUCUUGUUUUUGAGAAAGGGAACAAAAAGCUUGCAACUUGUUGGUAAUGGCAAAUGUUAUGUCUAUGCAAUCAUGCCUUGGCUGGUUUAGCAAUGGUUUCGCACCCGCUUGCUUCGAUGCCUGGUUCAUACAAAAGAUGUCUCUCGAAGUCGAGUUCCGUUUUCACUUC